UACGCUGUUUUUGCUCAUGUUUGGUUUGUCUGUGUUUUUUUUUCUUCUUUUUCUUUUUUUCUUUUUUUUCAACCAGAAGUUCGAUGACCCUUACCAAAGUCCAACUAAAGAGUAGCCGAGUGUCCGAGGAGAAUGCUACUACCCAACAACAACAACGUAGAAGUGGAGCCUCCACCUCCAGGGCUGCAGAUGGAGUUUGAGACCCUCUUCAGCACUGAAGCUCUUCAGUUUCUGUCAGAUCUGUGCUCCAGGUUCCAGCCAGAUGUGGACAAGGUCCUGAAGAUGAGAAUCCUGCGGAAGGUUCAGCUCGAUCUCUCCGAAGACCUUCCAGGGUUCAUGGAGGACACGGCUCACAUCCGGGACAAUCUGUCCUGGAGAGUGAAUCCCGUCCCUGUCCGACUGCGGUGCAGACAUGUGGACAUCGGUGACCUUGCACCCUGCGACACGCAGCGACUCAUGCAGGCCCUUAAAUCAACAGCACAAGGAUUACAAGUAGAUUUUGACGAUGGCAACUGUCCGACUUACUACAAUCAGAUAAAAGGCAUCUAUAAUGUCUAUAAGGUUGUACAUAAUCAGUUUCCAGGUGUCCCGCUCGUAUCCCAGGCCCCGGUUCUUAUGCUCCGCCCUCGUGCUUGGAACAUAGUGGAGCACAACAUGUUGGUAAAUGGUCGGGAGGUUCCUGGUCCUCUCUUUGAUUUCGGCUUGCUGAUGUUUCAUAAUGCAAAGCUGUUGCUUGAGAACCAGAGCGGACCUUUUUUCUACUUGUCCAAGGUUGAGAGUUACCUGGAGGCCAGGUUGUGGAAUCAGAUUUUUCUCUGGACUGAGGACAGGCUGGGCUUGCCAGUGGGCAGCAUCAAGGCGACGGUGCUGAUAGAGUGUGUCCUGGCUACAUUUGAGAUGGAAGAGAUCCUGUACGAGCUCAGAGAGCACUCCGCCGGUCUGAACUGUGGCAUCUGGGAUUACUCUGCAUCCUUCGUCAACAAAUUCGGACAUCGUACCGAGUUCCUGCUGCCUGACCGCAGUAAGUACGUGAACAUGGAGAAACGUUUCCUGCGCAGCUACAUGGAUCUGCUGGUGCAGACGUGUCAUCGCAGGGGCGCACUGGCCACCGGGGGCAUGGCGGCGCUUCUGUUACCCCCACAAAGCAACAGAGAACUGUAUAAGGAUGUACUGAGCACUGUCACCAGACUAAAGCUCUUGGAAGUCAAAGCAGGAGUUGACGGCUUCAUGGUGUAUGACAUGAAUCUGAUUGAACCUAUGCAAAAACUGUUCCAGCUUCACUGUACAGGGGAGAACCAGCUCCAAGAGCUACGCAAUGACGUCAGCGUGACCCCUGAAGACCUGCUCACCAUGCCAGCGGGCGGAGUAACGUUGUAUGGAUUGAAGCACAACAUUGCAGUCGGUGUGUUGUUCAUCGAAGCAUGGCUCUCAGGUAGAGGUCACUUCUUCUUUAAGAGGCAGGUGGAAGAUUCAGCGACUGCAGAAAUCUCUCGAUCUCAGGUGUGGCAGUGGAUCAGACACCAGGUGAAACUGGAGGAUGGUGGGAAUACUGUAGUGACUGGUGGGUUUGUCAAGAGUUUAACACAAGGCAUGAUGGGUGAUCUGAGGGCAGCAAUGUGCUCUCAGUCUCAAAGAGAUGAAGAGAGAUUAAUCACAGCAGUGUCCAUGUUUCUCGAGCUGGUACAAAAGAAUGAUUUCCCAGAAUUCCUCACGACUUACCUGUACCUGGACCACACCUUCCUGAGCUCUCAGGAUCAGCAUGAAGACAGAGAGACAGACAGAUCUCACCGAGCCAAGCUCUAAACACAAUCCUAUCUCUGUAUGUGUGCAAGAUAACCUUAAACCUUAUGUCCUGAAGAAUAAAGAAAGGAACAUGGCA